GUUUACGUUAGCGCCGGAGUAAAUUUUGUGUUUUGACAUGCGAACAAAACGGGAGUAUGUUUUGAUUUUAUGACAAGGUUUAAAUGCCAGAAAGCGUAAAUGAAUAAAUCAUGAACACUAGACCACGCCCAGUCACUGCAACAGUCACCAAACCAAAAUGGAUGGAGCCUCACGUGAUUCCCCGGAGGUCAAGGUCACUCGAGUCCAAUGGAUCCACAGCUUCCUUGACCUCUGUCCUUGAUCACGACAGUUACGAGAGUCCUGACCUCAGUGAGGACGAGUGGGAGAGGGAGGAACUGAGGAGGAAUGUGGAAAACGAGGAAAAAACCAUACAGCAGGAUCGCAGAACCGCUCGAAACAGGGGCUCGUACAAAGUGAGGGCAUCGUCAGCAAAGAGUCAGGAUAGGGUCAAAGUUCAGCGCAAAAAUCGCAUCACUGCACCCCAGAAAGACAGGUUAGCUGAUUAUGACACAACAUCAGGACACAGUGAAAACAUGGACACUGGCUUGUCACCAUGGGAACAAUGGCUGAUACAGAAAACGAAGGAAGAGCGAGUGAAAAAACAGCAAAUGAAGAAGCAUAAAGUAGAAGUCCGAGAGCAAAAAGAACAGAAAGCGAAGGAAAGACAGCAGAAAGAAGAAAAGGCGGAGGAGAAACGCUCUGAGUGGCUGAAACAGAAGAACUAUGAGGAAUUGUUACGAAAGAAACUGGAAAAGCAGCGGAUACAGACAGAAACUGAAAUAAAGGCUCAGCAAAACAUGAUAACUAAAAUGAAAGCAGAGAGAAAAUUUGAAGAAUGGAAAGAGAAGAAAGAAAUGAUGGAAAGAGAAAAGAAAGAACAAGAACUUCAGAAGAAGAGAGAUAUUGAGUUAGCAGAAAAAUGUAAGAAAAUCAAGGCGCAACAGAAAUAUGAGGAAUGGCUGAGGAGUGCAAAAGACCGACCCAAGUCAUCGCAAAGCUUCGGUUACUCAGGUGGAAAAUUAACAGAAGUACAUGUACAACAUUCAACAUGGAGUGAGUUCAUUUUAUAUGUGUAUAUAUGCGUAGCUAAUAUAAACAGUGUAUAUUCUUGUGUGUAUGAAUGGUUCUAUAUACAUAUAAAGUUGACUAGAAAAAAAUUCAAAAAUAUGAUAUUAAAUUUUUUAGAAAUUAUAUUCAUCAAAGUUUACAAGGGUACUCACGACUAAAGCAUGUACAUAAAGCAAUUUACAGAACAAUAAAUGUAGUGGGACAUAUUUAGGAUUUUGACUAAACACCUUUUGGCUAAUACAUGUAUAAUAGAAACUCAUGAUAUAUAACUGAAACGAAGCAUAUUUUUAUAUGGUAGUAUCUAAAACAAGCUUACCCUUAAUUAAACAGAACAACAUGUCAGUCAAAAGAUUACACAGAGAUGAACCUACAAUCCACCAAUUAAACUAUAUAUAUGCACAUGAACAAAAGGAGUUAAUCAGAAUAGAUCUUACAAAGUACAAAAAAAAAAAGACACAAAAAUGUUAUAAGAAACAAGUUGAUCAGUCAGUAUAAAAUAGUCAUGUUGAGUAGUUAUCAUUUAUUAGUGUAUACUUGCAUUAAUUUUGAGAAUAUUGCAGUACUGUAGUAUCAAAAUUCAGUAUACAUCAGUGCAUUAACUACAACAGGAGUUCAUUAUAACAAAAUACACAUGUACUGUACCUGUAAUAUAGUGCUUUAUAUACCUGUAGUUUAGUCAAAUAGCUCAUUGUAAGUAAAAGUAAAAAUUAUUUUAUACAUUUAUUCAUAUAAACAUGUACUUGUAAUUGUGUAUUUAAUACAUUCAACAUUGUUAUCAAAACAAACUUAAAGCUUAAGCAAAUAAAAUAUAUUUAAUCUUGAAUAAACCCCAUGUGAGCACUGAAAACUGAAAGCUUUGCUAAUUAUUGCAGCAUAUAAUCCUUAAUAUGUCUAAAAUUUUAAAUUCUGUUAGGAGUAUUUCAUGAUAGAAUAAAAUAAUCAACAGAUUGUGACAAACAAAUUGACGUUUUAUUGCAAGCUUUGCCCCAAAAAUUUUGGGACAUGCUCCCUGAGAUUUAAAUCUACAAAAGAGAAAAAAAUAUCAAUCCCAUCACCUUGUACAUGUAUCAGAUACAGUAAAUUCAACAAUAAAAAAAGUUUUCUAAUAUCAUUGCAUGUUCUAAAUGCAUAUAUGAAAAUAUGAAAAGGGGGCAUUAGCCUAUAAAAGCCUUCAACAUUAAAAGCUCAAC